GAUAAUAUUGUAUUGCUGGCCAACAUAAUUUUCCCAUGAUGUUAUGUUUUUGUCCAAGCAGGAAAAAAAUGGAGGUCCAGCCUGGUGCACACACUGUCAGAUCCCAUGGAGUUAUGGUGGCCAAGUCACACAAGCGUGAUUGGCUUAUAGUGAUGCUUCUCAUAGUGAUAGAGAUCAUUCUAUAUAUCAUUCCUCCAUUUUACCACUUUGUGGGGAAGGAUAUGAUAUCUGGUCUCAAAUAUCCCCUGAAAGACGUUACUGUGCCUGUAUGGGUUGUGCCCAUUUAUGCAGUUUUGUUGCCCAUUGCCAUUUUCCUCGCCUUCUAUUUUCGUAGGAGAGAUGUAUAUGAUCUCCAUCAUGGCGUACUAGGCAUUUCAUUCUCCAUAUUGUUGGCAGCAGCUAUCACAGAGGCAAUAAAAAAUGCAAUUGGUUGGCCUCGACCAGAUUUCUUUUGGCGUUGUUUCCCCGAUGGGAAGGAAGUUUAUGAUAAUUUGGGUAAUGUAGUUUGUCAUGGAAAGGCCAAAGUCGUAAGAGAAGGAUACAAGAGUUUCCCUAGUGGUCAUACGUCAUGGUCCUUUGCAGGUUUAGGGUUUUUGUCAUUGUACUUAUCAGGAAAGAUAAAAGCAUUUGAUUGUAUGGGGCAUGUGGCAAAAAUAUGCAUUGUUUUUCUUCCUCUUCUAUUGGCAUCUCUUGUUGGAAUUUCUCUAAUGGAUGAUUAUCAGCACAAUUGGCAGGAUGUUUUUGCUGGAGCCCUCUUAGGCCUCACAGUGGCAACAUUUUGCUACCUACAGCUCUUCCCACCACCACAUCAUAAUGAUGGUUGGGGGCCAUGCGAACAUUAUCAGGUGUUGGAGGAAUCACAUUCCAGUGCGCAUCCAAAUAAUGUAGCAAAUCAACUCAAUGUACAGGGUAUGGAGGUGUAGAGGCUGCUCACCAACAGGGAACACCAAGAAACAUUGAAUUAUCAAGAUUAUUUGGAGUACAUUGGAUGAAAUGGAAUCUGGGAGGAGGUAACCUUGUAUAUUGUAAUUUGUUUCAGCCUGAAAUUCUGUUUUCCAUGCUUUAACCUGCAUUUUUCUUAUGUAAAUAUGAGAAGACAACUUCACCUAUCAA